AUGCCACUGUCAGAUAUUCUGGACAGUCUGAAGGACAACCCCUACUUCGGGGCUGGAUUCGGACUGGUAGGGGUCGGAACCGCAUUGGCCUUGGCCAGGAAAGGAGCCCAGGUGGGGAUGGUGUUUUUCCGCAGGAACUACAUGAUCACCCUGGAGGUGCCCAGCAAGGACAAGAGCUACCACUGGCUCCUGAGCUGGAUCACCAAGCAUGCCACUCGAACCCAGCACUUGAGCGUGGAGACGUCCUACAUGGCGCACGAGAGCGGACGCGUUAAAACCCAGUUCGACUUCCAUCCCAGCCCGGGGAACCACAUCAUCUGGUAUGGCCACAAGUGGAUCAGGGUAGAGAGGACCAGAGAGAAACAGAUGAUCGACAUGCACACGGGCACCCCAUGGGAGUCCGUCACAUUCACGGCGUUGGGCCGGGACCGCAAAGUCUUCUUCAAUAUUUUACAAGAAGCCAGGGAGUUGGCCUUGAAGCAGGAAGAAGGACGCACGGUGAUGUACACGGCCAUGGGCGCCGAGUGGCGCCCCUUUGGGUUUCCGCGGCGACGCAGACCCCUCAGCUCUGUGGUCCUGGAGGCAGGCGUGGCUGAAAGGAUUGUGGCUGAUGUGAAGGAGUUUAUUGGGAACCCCAAGUGGUACACAGAUAGGGGCAUCCCAUACAGGAGAGGAUAUCUGUUGUACGGACCCCCAGGAUGCGGGAAAAGCAGCUUUAUCACGGCUCUGGCCGGCGAGCUGGGCUACAGCAUCUGUUUGAUGAGUCUGAGCGAUCGCUCGCUCUCCGACGAUCGUCUCAACCACCUGUUGAGCGUGGCACCGCAACAGAGUAUCAUCCUGUUGGAGGACGUGGACGCCGCCUUCGUAAGCCGAGAGCUGCUUCCGACGGAGAAUCCUUUGGCCUACCAGGGAAUGGGACGGCUGACUUUUAGUGGCCUGCUGAACUCUCUGGACGGUGUGGCUUCAUCCGAGGCCAGAAUUGUCUUCAUGACCACCAACCACAUUGACAGGUUAGAUUCAGCGCUGAUCCGGCCCGGCCGCGUGGAUCUCAAGCAGUAUAUCGGCCAUUGUAGCCACUGGCAGCUCAGCCAGAUGUUUGGACGCUUCUAUCCGGAUCAGGCCGUCUCGGAGGGUGAACGUUUUGCCACGUGCGCGCUGGCGGCCCGCACUGAGAUCAGUGCGGCUCAGGUGCAAGGACACUUUCUGCUGCACAAAAUGGACCCUGCGGGAUCGAUACAAAACAUCGUCCAACUAAAGGAAUAACAGGAGUGGGAUAUUUUUUUUUCUUUUUCUUAUGACUCUACAACAUUAUGGAGUGCUAUUUUUUUCCCCAUUAAAAUUGAUAUUCCAACAAUAUUUCCAUAUAUUUAUUUCUAUGAAGACGGGAAUGGACGAAUGGCAUUUGCAUUCAUUUUCAAGCUGAUUUGAGAUAAUUCGUUGGAGUUUUAAGCGAUGUUAAAAGGGUAUAUUUAGGCACCAUGGCAUUUGUGAAAGGCCCAAAGCAC